AUGCAUUCAUUUUGGAUCUUUAUAAUAAAUUUUAUAUAUUUUUGUGUAUGUAAAAAAAAAAAAUAUAUAACCCCAUCAAAUUUUAUUAUAUCUCAAACUAAUAACAUACGAUAUAAGAAUAAACUAAGAUAUUAUAAUAAUGAAUAUUUAAAACAAAAUAUUAAUAUACCAUCUUUAUUAUUAUCAAAAAGAAUAAUAUUUUUAUCAUCUCCUAUAUAUCCUCAUAUAUCAGAACAAAUAAUAUCUCAGCUAUUGUAUUUAGAAUAUGAAUCAAAAAGGAAGCCAAUUCAUUUAUAUAUUAACAGUACAGGUGAUUUAGAAAAUAAUAAAAUUGUUAACUUAAAUGGAAUUACAGAUGUAAUAUCAAUAAUUGAUGUAAUUAACUAUAUAUCAUCAGAUGUGUACACAUAUUGUUUAGGUAAGGCAUAUGGUAUUGCAUGUAUAUUAGCUAGUAGUGGAAAAAAAGGAUAUCGUUUUUCUUUAAAAAAUUCAUCUUUUUGUUUAAAACAAUCUUAUUCUAUUAUACCUUUUAAUCAAGCAACAAAUAUUGAAAUUCAAAAUAAAGAAAUAAUGAACACUAAAAAAAAAGUUAUAGAUAUAAUUGCAAAAAAUACAGAAAAAGAUAAUAACAUUAUUUCAGAAAUAUUAGAUAGAGAUAGAUAUUUCAAUGCCAAUGAAGCUUCUGAUUUUAAUUUGAUAGAUCAUAUUUUGGAAAAACAAUAA